UGGAGUCAAUUUGUGACAUUACAUUAGUUUUUGCUUUAUAACCCACGCAAGAUGAACUUUGUAAAUCUAUCCACUUCAUUGCGAUUAUUAUUUCGAUCUAGCGUGCAAUUUUCGUUCCUAAGGAUGGCGUCAUCACUGGUUAUAAAAGGAUAUAUGCACGAUAUUAUCAUGGAUAACGGUGACUGCAGAGUGACAGUGAAACUUGACAAUGGUUUACCGUACGAUGCGUACGAUUUUAACUGGAGAGGCCUUAUUGGUUUAUGGGACCAUUGCAAGUGGUCUGAUUCGUUGAGAUAUCAUUGUAUGGCAAUUGACGAAAGGUUCACAGGAAUAGAUAAGCUUAAGAGUGAUUCCACGUUUGUGAUAGGAGGCAUGAAUAUGACAAUCAGCAGUGAAUAUUAUCAAGCUAUUAAACAUCGAAAACCAGUAAUUCUUCAAAUAUGGCUGAGUCAUAUUGGGAGGGUAUCACUGAACUACCAUCAUACUGAAGUCGAUAAGGAAAAUAAUCAUAUUCUGUCAUCAAUGGAUGUGUUUCAUGUAUUUAUGAAUAAAGUUACUCGCAAAUCAGCACCAUUGCCAGAAUGGUACAAAGAAAAAUAUGGUCCAUACGCUAUUGGCCCCAUGGCAAAAGUGAUGAAGAAACUUGAAAAGGUUAAGGAAGUAUACAAGUACGCUGAGAGAGUUCAAUAUCACGAUAUCGAUUUCAACAACCAUGCAUCAUAUAAACUGUACUUAAAACUGUGUUCUAAUUGUGCACACGGUGCUGUUGCUGAUGGGUUUUUUACCAAAGUCACUGAUGACUUCGCAUUGUAUCAAGUGAAACAUAUUUCAACCCUAUACCUUAGUGAGACUAAUGUAAAUGAUGAACUUAUUGUAGAUACGUGGGAGGAUGAAAACAACAAUGAUACAGUUCACUUUAUCAUUAGUAAAACAGAUACUGGUAAAGAAGUAUUUCAUUGUACAAUCAGACUUUAUUCUCAGAAAAAUUAUAACCCAUACAUGCCUGGUCUUAGAGAUGGCAAAUUAUUAUAA